AUGCAGCGACUUUCGCCGGCAUCCUGGUUUCUGCGACGUAACAAAGCUCUUGUAUAUCUAUGCUCGCGGGCAUAUUGCUUAAACCGAGAACUGCCACCGCAUGCGCUUGAAGCUGCUCUCACCAUGAAGGCUGUAACAAUUCUGGUACAAGUAUCGCAUCCAAUUUUUGCUAUGGUCAAGGAAGCGCGUCGCCUCACCCACAUCUUAACUAAACUUUUCCAGCGAAUACUUUAA